AUGACUUCGUUGAAAUUUCGUCAAUUGAUUGAUAUGUCGAUUGGUUCCCCCGAGCCGGGACAUGUGAACUUUUAUGCUCUGCAUUGUCUACUAAGUUGCAUUGCAGAAAAGUUAAACAUCAUCGACGACACUGUCGAUUUUUCCAAAUACGAUACUGUAGUUUUAUACGCGACAAGCAAACCGAAUCAUCAAUUGAGUAAACUGCUUACGGGCAGCGUGCGUUUAGCUGGUGGAGAAGACGAAGAGAAUCCCCCCGGCGAUGUUGAGCAACCAAUUGGAACGGAAGAAGAAGAAAAAAUUGACUUGGAGGAGAAAGAAAUGAUGGUGGCCGAGUCGGAGAAACCGCUUGUACCCGAGCCAGAGCAAAGCGGUGUAGGCGAUAUUUUUGUUGACGAAGAAGAACAAGAGAAAGAGCCCAGUGAGAAAUCAAUUUCAUCCAAAAUUUCCCUACAUGAGUUGGAUUUUCGUGUAACCAAACUGGAAACAAUUGCCCAAAGGCAAUCUACACUGGAGGAAUACUUUGCCGGCGUUUCCGUAAUGAAAGACCAGAUUGAAUUUGCCAUAACCCAUUUGUUGCAUCUAACUCUUUUGACGCUAAGUAAGUCGCCUGAUGCCAAACGAAUACGGGAAUUAUAUGAUAUGGGAAAGUUGUUGCUACAACUGCGCGAUGGUAAUCCGCAUAUUGAGGGCGCAAAACUUAUCGACAUCACCGCAGUCCCAUCAUUACAUUUUGGUGAAUCCGGUUUGCAACUGACCGAAAGGAUGUCAGAAGAAGGCAUAUUUGAGUUACAACAUGACAAACGAGAGGGAGAAGCUGAUCAAAAAAUGAUUGAGGAUCAUCUGUGUUAUUCGGGCGAAAAACUUCUCGAACAAUUGCUUGAACUCAAAAGCGACUUUUGUCUAUUGGUCAACAAAGUGAAUGAGGUAUCUGCGAGAGUGUUAAAGCAAGAAAGUCAACAAACUGUGGCGCGUACGCAAGAACUGCAGGAGCAAAUGAAAGAGGUCAAGUUAUUUACGACUAAUCUGAAGACAAAUCAAGAUCGCAUGGAAAUGCGCAUUUCUCAUAACGCAAAUAAUAUUGAGACGAUUAAGUCGACUCUCGAAGAUGUGCUUGCAGAAAAGGUGGACAAAUCUGAAUUGGAAAUUCUGCUCGCCGACAAGGUUGAUUACAAUCAACUGCAACGCAAAGUAUCGCUUGAUCAAAUGCUCGAAUUGCAAUGCCGCAUCGAUAAAAAGUUUUGCGAAAUGCUUCGCCAAAUUAAUGACAACGAGAGAAAAAAUAAUAUGAUGAUUGAACAUUUGAAAGAGACCUUGGGCUUCGCGGCCAUCGAAGGCAUAUUGAAUACUUUCAAGGGUCAAAUUGAAAAAGAAAUUCAUCAUUUGCAGCACAUGUUACAAACUUAUAUAGAUUCAACUAACGAUGAGUGUGCGGCUGCCGGUGCUCGCAUCAAGGUUCUUCAAGAUCUGGCUUGUUUAUCAUGCGAUACGACCUGUGUAAUGCGAUCUAUGGAGAAGGCCAAAGUUGCAAAGCUACCUAAUGCGCACGCAUCAGUGCUUCUUAGUCCAUUGAUCACUUAUGAGUUGGGCUCGAUACGAAAAUCGGGCAUUAGCGUUCCCCGUCAUGCGGGCGGCUCACAUACAACCAACACUGCCCGAGACCGUGUAGAGAAAAUCACAAUGAAUAACAAAAAAUAG